UACUUUGCUGAGAACAUAUAAAGUUUCUGGUCUACCAAACCUCUAAUAGAAAAUACCAUUAAAUAAUUUACUUCUAUAUCUUCUUCUUCUUCUUCCUAGCUCUGUAUUCUAACUUAUUCAAUUUCAAGAAGAAGAGAGAAAGUGAGAAAUUAUUAGUAGUAAUUUGUAGGUCAUGGGAAGAGGGAAAAUAGAGAUAAAGAGAAUAGAAAACUCAAAUAAUAGACAAGUAACUUAUUCCAAGAGAAGAAAUGGGAUAAUCAAGAAAGCUAAAGAAAUUACUGUUCUUUGUGAAGCUAAAGUCUCACUUAUAAUUUUUGGUGCUUCUGGGAAGAUACAUGAAUAUUGUAGCCCUUCUACCACGAUAAGUGAUAUGUUGGAUGGUUACCAAAAGGCUACUGGGAGGAGACUAUGGGAUGCUAAGCAUGAGAACUUGAGCAAUGAAAUUGAUAGAAUCAAGAAAGAGAAUGACAGUAUGCAGGUUGAGCUCAGGCACCUUAAAGGAGAAGAUCUCAAUUCACUGAACCACAAAGAACUUAUAAUGAUGGAAGAAGCCUUACAAAAUGGGCUCUCUAGUGUCAGUGCCAAGCAGUCUGAGAUCUUGAGGAUGAUCAGGAAAAAUGAUCAAAUUCUGGAGGAGGAAAAUAAGCAACUUCAAUAUGCUUUGCACCAAAAGCAGAUGGCAGCCAUGGGUGGAAGUGGAAAUAUGAGAGGGAUUCAUCAUGAAGAAGUGUAUCAUCAAAGUGAUAGGGAUUAUGAAUACCAGAUGCCAUUUGCCCUACGAGUUCAGCCAAUGCAGCCAAAUCUACAUGAAAGAAUCUAGCAAUAUUAAUUAAUAUCCAGUUUAAAUUAAAAUCUCUAAUAAUUUUAAUUUGGGUUUCUACUAGAAACAGUAAUUAAUCAACUCUAUGUGGUGAGUAUUACUAGCUAAGACUUUGUUUCAUGUUGAAAUUAUUACCUAAUGUUGGACUGACUAUUUAUGGGCUCUUCCCAUGGUUUUUAUUAUUUUUAUAUAUUAUGCAAUGCUAAUGCAUAUUAUAUGUAAAUGGCAUUUGCUCAUUAUAUUA